AUGGCGCUGGAGUGGGUGGUGCUGGGCUACGCGGCGGGCGCGGAGGCGAUCAUGCUGCUGCUGCUGACGCUGCCGGGGCUCGACGGCCUGCGCCGGGGCAUGAUCUCCGUGGUGCGGAGCGCGCUCAAGCCCAUGAUGUCGGUGGUGCCCUUCUGCCUCUUCCUGCUCAUGGACAUCUACUGGAAGUACGAGACUCGCCCCACCUGCGACGACGAGCACGCCUGCACCCCCUCCGAGCACCUCCGCCACCAAAAGUCCAUCAUGAAGUCGCAGCGGAACGCGCUCCUCAUCGCCGCCGCGCUGCUCCUCUACUGGAUCCUCUUCUCCGUCACCCAGAUCGUCGUCAGGCUCGAGCAGAUGCAGCAGCGCGUCGACAAGCUCAAGAAGCGCGACGACUGA